CUUCGACAUCGACGAACUUUCAACGACCAUCAUUUUCAGUGACAACCAGCUUCAACUAAGCUUGCACCACAAGCUGUGAGCUCAAUUGAGCUCCUCCGCCAUGUUUUCCCGAGCUCUGCCCCGCGCUGUACCUAGAGCCGGGCGUUUUGCGCAAUGCGAAGCUCGCCCUCAAGCUCUCUCAAAGCUCCCCCAGCGGACAUGGGCACCCCUCCAGCAGCAAUCUGGACGACGGCAGCGGUCCUCAUUUGUUGCAGGAAUGAAGGAGAACUACAAUAGGAACCCUAUCUUGUUUCCGUUUGCCAUGGGCUGCAUCCUCCUCCUCACCGGCUUCGCCGUCACUUACCUCCCCUGGUACUACCAGAAUGUCAUCAUCGCCCCAUACCACAAUUUCCCUGAGCCCGUCGCAAAAAAGCUCCGCCGAGCAAUCUACUACAGCAAAGGCAAGAACAUCGACCUUCGCGAAGCGAACAAGUACUUCCGCCAAGCACUACAGAUCGCCAACGAGAUGGGCAUUGAUCCCUUCAGCCCGGAAAUCCUCGGUGUGAAGUACGCCAUCAGUCAACUGUUCGAGCAGGCGGGGCAUUAUCCUCUGGCGUGCGAUGUGUUGGAGAUUAUGCGCGUGGAUUGUCAGCGGUGGAUGGAUGAGUACAGUGAUAGGCACUGGACGGAUGGGGAUCGGUCGAGGGUGUUGAAGGUCAUUGUGCAGCUUAACGUGAAGCUGGGGGAGCUCUACACUUCAAAAUACAUGAACCAACCCGAGGACGCGGAAAAGAGGCUAGUGGAUGCGGUGGAAAUCGCAUUAAAGGAGCGCGCCAGGCGCGAGAAGGAUGGCGUCAAGGAAGGCGAGGGCGAGUUCUUGACUGAUGAGGAGCUCGGUGGCGCAUUAGAAUCCUUAGGACACCACUACGAGCGAAACGAUAAACAUUACCUAGCCACACCGCUCUUCCUGCAAGCAUUAUCCUACUGUCCACAAAAAUCCUGCCACAGCGUCGUAUUAAUGAACAACAUAUCCACCUGCCUUGCUCAACAAACACCUCCACCCCCUUCCACUUCGCCCCCAACCAAAUCUUCCUUCCCUACCACUAAACCGCCGUCGCGUGCCGAGCUAGUCGAUCAAGCAAGACAGUGGGCCAACAAAGCGAUAGAGCACGCAGCGACGAUUGCACCUCCGGAGCGGACGGAGGAGUGCGACGUCGGAUGUGCGGUGGCGACGCAUAAUCUAGGCGAGUUUUUCGAGAUGGAAGGGAGGUGGAAGGAGGCGAGGUUGAAGUAUGAGGAGGCGGAUAGUGUGGCCAAGGUGGUGGGGUUUGAGGAAGGGAGGGAGAGGGCGAAGGAGGGGAUUAGGAGGUUGGAGGGGAAGGAGAGGGAGGGGAAGAAGUAGACGGGUGGGAGAUUGAUGAUGUUGUAUUGCCGAAGAUCUAAACAGGUAAUCGAUGGGCUUGACGCAAAAUGCGAUGAUUUUAUUCCCGAUGAUCAUCAUCAUCGGCGCUCCUUUCAUCGCUCCAAAUAUCAUGGUUUGAAAAGCUUAUUUGAUCCAAGAAGCUGUAUUUGACCACCUGGGCAACAUUGAAGCAGGGUAUCACAUGUCGCCUCCACGCUCACAUAUAUAAACCACCUCCAUCGUACCACCGACCGUUCCUCCUUCCUCUUCACGCUCUCCAAAACUUGCCUCGUUAGAUCAAAAAAAAACUUCAGAAAGCUGGCAUGGUCAGGCCAAGGAAACCUGGGG